CCAAUAUGGCAGACAAAAUUUCAGCUAAAGUCAAGGAAGGCCUUGUGUUUUCUUGAGGAUUUAUUUUCAAGUCCUCAAUAUGCCUCCAAUAGAACUUCCAAGAUUAACAGGGUCACUAAGGGCAUUCUCAGGGCUUUCCUCGCCGUUUUCACGGCUUCCAGAGAGUGAUGAUAUCUUGAAAAGAAAGAGGCAAUCGAGAUCGAGGAAGCAACUUGAAAAAACUUUGUCUUGGUCUGAAUUAAAAGGUUUGAUUUUAGAUGCAACGAGCCUCGAUAGGAAUGCUUCACAAGAGGCGAAGACUCUCGUGAAGGAACUUGUGCUUACAUCUGCAGAAAUUGCUGGCAAAGAUUCAUCUGUAGAGGUUGUGGAAAGUGCAUCAGUAUUAAUUUUUACAAUAUUUAAAGAUGUGAAUCACAUUGGAAAGGAUGAAAGUGCAAAACUGAAGAGUCUCUUUGGAGCAUUUCCAGCCUCGGCAGCAACUAAAGCUUGUCACAUUGUGCAGAACAUCAUUUUACUUCUUCCUGAAGAUUGUCUAGCAGUAAUUAACAAGAGAUGUGAGGAAAAACAUGAGGAACCUUUAAAAGAGUUUGGAAGUGAUAUUGAGUUUGCACCUUUUAUGAGCAAGGUCGUUUCACCAGAUGAUGAGCUGUUUUCAGAAUCUGAGGAUGAAACUGUUCAAAAUCAGACAAAUUUUUGGAAUUCAAAAGAAGGAGAAAAUCCUUCAAAUAUGGCACUAAGUGAAGAAGUGAAUGGCAACAGUGACAUUAAUGGUUCAUGGCUACGUAAUCAGUGUGAACUUUAUUUUGGAAAUAAUAGCACUGGACUGUCAGUUUUGGAUCUUUGUUCAGCACUUUUUGAUAUUCUCAGUUCUGAUAGAGAUAAUGCAGCUAUUCAAAAUGACUUGUUUGAGCUUCUUGGGUUUGACCGCUUUGAAUUCAUUCAAACACUCUUAGCUGACAGAUACAAGAUAGUUGUAGCCACCUCUGAAAGUACCUCUGACUUGAGUGCAGCAAAUGAGACUACUAAAGUGAAAACCUCAGCUGGUCGAAGUAAGCCAACUUAUGGAUGUCAAGUUACUGUACAGUCACAACAGGAGAAACAAUUGAUGCGGCAGGUGAGAAAGGAAGAAAGAAAGGAGGAACGUCGCCAGGCUCGCAAAGACAAACACACAGAUGAGCAGGAUAUUGAUCAUGAGACAUAUCUUAGGGAAGUUGGCUUUGAUCCAGAGUUGAUGAGAGCUCAGAGGGAAAUUGCUCUUCAAGAAGCCUCCAGUGCACCAUUGUUGUCAAAACCAAAGAGGAAUGUGCAGCCCAGCCAAGUGUAUCCAUAUGUGUUUGAUGCUUUGGCUGAAAGGCAGCGAUCUACAGCUUUUAUUUCAGACACCAAGAUUGCCCUGCCUGCUGAUGCAGAACGGAAAAACACUAAAGUUUAUGAAGAAGUUGUGAUACCUCCAAACACUCCUUUACCACCUAAAGAGGAAACUCCUAUUUUAAUUUCAUCUUUAGAUGAGAUUGGCAAAAUGGGAUUCCAAGGAGUGAAGCGCCUUAACAGGAUCCAGUCGAUUGUAUUUGAUGCAGCAUACAACACGAAUGAGAACCUGUUGAUAAGUGCUCCAACAGGUGCAGGAAAAACAAACAUAGCUAUGCUAACAAUUUUGAGGGAAAUUAAACAGAACAUUGAGGCAGGAGUCAUCAAAAAAGACAAGUUCAAGAUCAUUUACGUGGCUCCAAUGAAGGCUCUCGCGGCUGAAAUGGUUCAAAACUUUGGAAAGCGGUUGGCCUGCUUAGGAAUCACAGUCCGUGAACUUACAGGGGAUAUGCAACUUACAAAAUCUGAAAUCCUCAAGACGCAAAUGCUGAUCACAACGCCAGAAAAGUGGGACGUGGUGACUCGUAAGAGCACUGGGGACGUGGCUCUUUCUCAGCAAGUAAAGCUGCUGAUCAUUGAUGAAGUCCAUCUUCUGCACGAUGACAGAGGCUCAGUUAUUGAAUGCUUAGUAGCCAGAACUCUUCGUCAAGUUGAGUCGUCACAGAGCAUGAUCCGUAUCGUUGGUUUAUCAGCAACACUUCCUAAUUACAUUGAUGUGGCCCACUUCUUGCGGGUCAACCCUUACGAGGGUCUGUUUUUCUUUGACGGACGCUUUCGUCCAGUCCCACUCGGGCAAACGUUUAUUGGGAUUAAAGCAACGGGCUAUGUUAAACAGCAACACGACAUGGACACAGUUUGCUACGAAAAAGUGCUGGAAAAUGUUGACAAAGGACACCAGGUUAUGGUCUUCGUGCAUGCGCGGAAUGCUACCGUCAAGACAGCGCUGACAUUACGAGAGAUGGCAGCCAAUCAGGGAGAUUCUGCUUUGUUCCGUGCUCCACAAGGGCCUGAAUACGGACAAGCUGAAAAACAGGUGAUGAAAUCGCGUAACAAGCAGCUGCGAGAGCUGUUUCCAGACGGGUUUAGUAUCCAUCAUGCUGGAAUGUUGAGACAGGACCGCACUAUGGUGGAACAGCUGUUUGCUCGUGGUUUGAUUCGUGUUCUCGUUUGUACGGCUACCUUAGCCUGGGGAGUAAACCUACCAGCUCAUGCUGUAAUUAUUAAGGGCACGCAAGUAUAUGACGCAAAGAAAGGCUCGUUUGUUGAUAUCGGCAUACUGGAUGUGCUGCAGAUAUUUGGGCGGGCAGGUCGUCCGCAAUUUGAUAAUCAAGGCGAGGGAAUCAUCAUCACAGCACACGAUAAACUCAGUCAUUAUCUUUCACUUCUAACAAGACAGUCACCGAUUGAGAGUCAAUUCAUUUCGAGCCUGACUGAUAGUUUAAAUGCUGAGAUUGCUCUCGGUACAGUAGGCACAGUGGAUGAAGCUGUUGAAUGGCUGAGCUACACGUAUCUUUACAUUCGAAUGCGCAUCAAUCCACUGGUUUAUGGCAUCGCGUAUGGAACCAAAGAGGAUGACCCACUCCUGCACGAACAUCGCAGAGAGCUGAUUGUAAAUGCAGCGCGUCAUUUAGACAAAGCAAAGAUGAUAAGGUUUGAUCCGCGCACGAGAUAUCUGAACUCGACGGACCUUGGAAGAACUGCCAGUCAUUUCUACAUCAAGUACGACACAAUAGAGGUAUUCAAUGAGAUGUUCAAGGCGCACAUGCCUGAACCCGAUGUGCUUUCCAUGAUGUCUCACUCACAAGAAUUCGAACAAGUCAAGGUCCGUGAGGAUGAGAUAUCAGAACUGGAAUUUCAUUUGACUGAGCACUGUCCAUUGCCUGUAAAGGGAGGAGUGGAAAAUAAUUACGGCAAGAUAAACAUCCUGUUGCAGACUUUUAUCUCCAAAGGAUUUGUUGAUACCUUCUCACUUGUCUCUGAUCUCGCUUAUGUUGCACAGAAUGCUGCGCGACUAAUGCGAGGUCUGUUUGAAAUCGCUCUUAACCGAGGAUGGCCUACCAUGGCUUACAGAUUGUUAGGCCUUUGCAAAAUGCUUGACAAACGGCAGUGGGUAUUUGAAAAUCCUUUGCGUCAGUUCACUAUUUUGAAACACGAAACACUGUUCAAACUGGAGGAGAGAAAGGCGACUGUGGAUCGACUCAGAGAUAUGACUGCUGAUGAAAUUG